AAGCACUGACUUCGCGGAAGCGAGCGAGCGGGUGGGGCUUCUGAGGGAACCAGAAAUGAGAAGGGAGUCUAUUUUUUAGCAGGAAGCAUUCAAUGUGAAAGUCGACUACAAGGCCUACUUUAUUAUCUGAAGAAGCAAAAUACUGAUGUGGCUGCGCAGUCGCUCUACAAAUCAUCCGUCACAUUCGUCUGGCAAGGGGAUUUCGGUGACAGCGAUGCUAAAGGAACGGUUUAAAUAGUUUGUUUUUAACAUGCAUAUUUUAUUUCCCUGAGAGGAAAUGGGACACCUCGAAGGGCUGCUGUAUGUUAAUUGUGUUGAAUUUAAACAGUUAUUCAGCAAGCUACUGUCUUUAUUGUAAUGACAGUGCACGCAAGACGGAACAGCAAAGAUACACUGAACUAGUUCCUUUUCUCGACUCGAAGAAUAAUGAAUAACGCGAAAGAUAUGUCUCCCGAUUUUGUGUUGAUGCGCUUGGUUUCUGGAGCCGAAGAUGACCGCUUGGACGAGGAGAAUGGGAAUUUGUCGUCGAGCGGCGGUGUAAUGGCUGGUUUCGGGAAAGCGGUCUUGGGUCAUCGAGGCAACAACAUCAAGAAUGGAUUUGAAUUGGAUCUAAAUAACACAACAGGCCCAGUGCGCCCGAGUCCCUCCUCGCUGUAUAGUUCGCAGCGAGACAGCGGAACCGUAGCACCUGACAGUGGCGUGAUGGUGACUCGACCCCCGAUGCCUGAUCCUCCGCCUCCAGUGGCCCAAGGCUUCCAGCACAGAGCGGGCAGAGGAGCCCGGCCGCAGCUGAUGGUCUUUCGGAACAUUCUCGGCGACGGGGACGGGAUUUUAGAAUGCGGACCGGAGCAGCCCGCGGUACAGAGCAGCGAAACCGACGGACAGGAUUCUAGCUCAGCCUCUGUCACGACAAGCGGUAUCAAUAACGGCAUAAAUUGUAGCGCCGACGUGCAACAGCAGAAUCAUCUUUCGCAGCGGCCGCCGUGGAAUUUUCAUCCUCGGGUGAAAUCGGACGUAAUUGCGGACGGCAGCGAACUGGAAGGCGGCGGAGACGGUGGUCUCUGCCCCCGGCACCGCGUCACGGACCCCGCCGACUGGCCGCCGCUGCUGAGUUUCGGCAUUCUAAACCCGCGGUGGGCCUGCACGGCGGGGGAGAUCAAUCCCCACAUCGAUGAUCCCGUCUUUGACUUGGCGAGAAAAUUCGGAGAUCUUGGUGUUGACCAGGCCUCCAAAAUACUGUUCAAGGACGGGGAGCUGCCGCAAUGCCCAUGUCAGACAAUACUGGCGUCGGCAGCGGCGGGGAUGGCUCACGGAGACGACCCGGCCGAGACCAGCGACGCUUUACUCGUGCUGGAGGGACUAGGGACUGAGGAGGUAGACGGUCUGGGCAUAAACAAUUGCUCGGCAGAGGAACUUAAUGACGCUCCUUGUCCGGCGUUCGCGUUGAACGGUAAAGAGGACAUGGUGCAGAAAAUGACAGAAGCCUUCUCCAGCAGAACUCUCACGGGGCUGGUGAAACAGGCGCAGAGGUUGGCCGGCGAAGGCUGCUCGCCCGCGUACCGUGACCCGCAGGUGUGUUGCCCGCGCACUGACAUGCUCAGCCCGAGACCCCUACUCCAAGCCGGCGCAAAUCACACCGAGCAGCCCGCCGGGUUCUCAUCUCCGGUCGGAGCCUCCCCGAGCGGAUCAGCCCAGGACCUCCCCGCUACUGCCCAGAGUAGGACCGCGACCCCGAAGCUACUGGUGGACAGAGCGCCCGUGGGUCUGUCCAGCCGUGGCAUCCAGGAAGAGGGCGAGAAGGCCACAAGAGUGUCCGGGAAGUCUCGGAAAGGCUCUUUUAAAAUUCGCUUGGGCAAACUCUUCAGAACUAAAAACACCAGCGUCUCAAUGAACGUUCUUGACAAGAGACCAUCGCUGGCAUCGUCCACAUCCUCCACAGGUAGUCUGAUGGACGUGUGGAGUUCGACAGCCGGGGACCAGGAUGCGGGCAGUUCCCAGCCGAGCCGGACCCACAGUGCCUUCUCCCCGGGUCCGUUCAGUCCCGUCUUCACCGGUGAGACGGUGUCCCUGGUGGACGUGGACAUUUCUCGUAGGGGGGGGGUGAACUCUCCGCACCCCCCCACGCCUCCGCCCCCUCCCAGACGGAGCCUCAGUCUGCUAGAUGACUUUGGGGGGCCGCAGCAGCCCGGCUCUUUCCUAGCGCGGGUUGUGGGGGCGUCGCUGCAGUCCCUGCCCCUCCCCCCCCUCCCCUCCCAUUCCACAAUCCAGCACAGCCUCAGCCUCAAUGACACCUUCCUACGGGCCCUCCCCCGCCCCAAUCCGUCACAGGCGGAUGCUCCGCCCCCCUCCCAAUCAGGGCCGCCCCCUCUCCUUUGUCCUCUCACCUGCCCAGACGCCAGCAGCUUCGCCACCAGUCUGAGAGAGCUGGAAAAGUGCGGGUGGUACUGGGGUCCCAUGAACUGGGAGGAUGCUGAGAUGAAGCUGAAGGGGAAGCCGGACGGGUCCUUCCUGGUGCGGGACAGUUCAGACCCGCGUUACAUCCUGAGCCUCAGCUUCAGAUCCCAGAACAUCACGCACCACACCCGCAUGGAGCACUACAGAGGUACCUUCAGCCUGUGGUGUCACCCGCGGUUCGAGGACCGCUGCCACUCGGUGGUGGAGUUUAUAGAGCGCGCCAUCAUGCACUCCAAGAACGGAAAAUUCCUCUAUUUCCUGCGCUCCCGUGUGCCCGGGCUCCCUCCCACGCCGGUGCAGCUCCUCUAUCCCGUGUCCCGCUUCAGCAACAUCAAGUCCCUGCAGCACCUCUGCCGCUUCCGAAUUCGGCAGCUGGUCCGCAUCGACCACAUCCAGGAGCUGCCCCUGCCCAGGUCUCUGAUCGACUACCUAAGGAAGUUCUACUACUAUGACCCAGAGGAGGAGAUGUACCUGUCAAUGAAGGAGGCUCGCAAAGGCAUGGGGGCGGAGCCAGGGGUGGAGUCUCAAACGUAGCCGUUGGAAUUCCACUGGCUCAAGGUUUCCUCUCAGCAGCCUUGGACACUGAUGGUGGGCAGGCUCACUCCGCAUGUGGGUGUGUCACCCACAGCAGCCAAUCAACACUCACGGCUGACUCGAUAUCAAAAUUGUGUUGGUAACAGGGACCAGGAUUGGUCCACCCUCCUCCCUUUUUUGGACCAAUGGGAAGGGAAGGGGGGUGGAGUAUGGCAUGUUGCUACAACCAAGAUCUGGGGGAAAAAAAAAAAAAUCUAAAUAACUGGAAGCACUAUCUGUCCUUACACUGGGAGCUGCAAAACUUUUGACGACUACGACCCUAACCUCACGGUGUUGCUGAAACGCCCCUGCGGAACUUCUGAAAGUUUGCGGCAGCGUUGUGGAAGGCUACGCGUUAGCUGUCGCCACGGUGAAAAACUUGAAACUUGAAAACUGAAGCCGUUUCCUCAGCGGGGCCAGAUUCAGACUCGUGACCCUGCCGGGGAUCUGUCUGGCUGUCUGCCGAGACGGUCGUUCUCUUCGGGUCGACGGCAUCCUGGAGCAGAACUGCGUUCUGCUGGAGAACCCGGAGCCUUUAUUUAUUUGUCCGUUUAGUUUGAUAGAAUGUAAGCCCCUCUUCCUGUCUCCUCUCCAAUAAACCCCGCCCACAUCUGGCGCUAACGUUUGUUUUGAAGGCCCGAAAAAAGUAAAAAAAAAAAAAAAUAGGUGUUUUUGUGUUUCUUCUCUGCCGGGCGGUACCUGUUGGAUCUGUACCCCCCCCCCCCCCCCUGCCCUGUCCCUCCCGCCCCAAAAGCCUUUGUAAAAGACAUGAUAGCCAAAAUGACAAAGAGAAGUGUGUAUGUGUGUAUAGGUAUGUGUGUGUAUUGGGGAGCGGGGUCGAAGGCUGUCGUGAGACGUCAAGAUGGCUGCCGUUUCUUCAGAUCUCAACCUGCAAUUCUCUCGUUAAAACUCCAGAAGAGUCCACUGAGGAGGGUGCGAACGAAGGAUGGUCUCGUGCCCAGAGGGAAAUAGUACUACUUCUACUGGAAUAUUUACAAAUGUUAUUGUUUUACCCAUAAGCAAAACUGUCACCUCCCCCCCUCCCCACCCCACCCCAUGCAAGAUCCAUGUCUGCAUUAAAUACUGUCAACCAGA